CCAGGAACCAGAUCCUGCAUUGCCAGUGUCUCAGGCGGCCUGGAUUUUGAAAGCACGAGCUCUGACUGAAAUGGUGUACGUGGAUGAAAUUGACACAGAUCAGGACGGAAUCGCAGAAAUGAUGCUGGAUGAGAAUGCUAUUGCUCAAGUUCCCCGUCCUGGAACAUCUCUGAAACUCCCUGGAACUAAUCAGACAGGAGGGCCUAGCCCCACGGUCAGGCCUAUCACUCAGGCUGGAAGACCCAUCACAGGUUGUUUGAGGUCCGGCACGCAGAGCGGAAGACCAGGCACUUUGGAGCAGGCCAUCAGGAUGCCGAGGACCGCCUACACUGCCCGCCCCAUUGCCAGCUCGUCCGGGAGGUUUGUCAGGCUGGGAACGGCUUCCAUGCUUACAAGUCCUGAUGGACCUUUUAUAAAUUUAUCUAGACUGAAUUUAACAAAAUAUGCCCAGAAACCUAAAUUGGCAAAGGCUCUGUUUGAGUAUAUCUUUCAUCAUGAAAAUGAUGUUAAGACUGCUUUGGAUUUGGCUGCCCUUUCCACGGAGCAUUCUCAGUACAAGGACUGGUGGUGGAAAGUGCAGCUUGGAAAAUGUUACUACAGGUUAAGAUUGUAUCGUGAAGCAGAGAAACAGUUUAAAUCAGCCCUGAAGCAGCAGGAAAUGGUAGAUACAUUUCUCUACUUGGCAAAAGUUUACAUCUCAUUGGAUCAACCCGUGACUGCUAUAAAUCUUUUCAAACAAGGCUUAAACAAGUUUCCAGGAGAGGUAACCUUACUUUAUGGAAUUGCCAGGAUCUAUGAGAACAUAAACAUGGAAACUGCGACAGCCUACACGGUGACUUGUGGCUGCUCUCCACGAAGUCGCCAGAGCAGAGCUGAGACAGCAGCCAGACUCCAGCUGCAGUCCGGCGGCACUCCGCCCUUGCGUCCUGGCCACUCAGUCUCUGUCGUGGCAGCCCGAGUAGAUGAAUACGCCACGCUGGGCACCCCUCUCCGGUUUUUCAGGCGAGUCCUCCAGAUGGGUGUUUACAACUGCCCGCUUUUUAACAACCUGGGGCUCUGUUGCUUCUACGCCCAGCAGUACGAUAUGACUCUGACCUCGUUUGAACGUGCCCUUUCUCUGGCUGAAGAUGAAGAAGAGGUAGCUGCCGUCUGGUACAACUUGGGACAUAUUGCUGUGGGGGUAGGGGACAUGAACCUGGCCCACCAGUGCUUCCGGCUGGCUCUGGUGAGCGACAACAACUUUGCGGAGGCCUACAACAACCUGGCAGUGCUGGAGAUGCGGAGGGGCCACGUGGAACAGGCAAAAGCACUGUUACAAACUGCAUCAUCUUUAAUACCCAAUUUGUACGAGCCACAUUAUAAUUUUGCAACAAUUUCUGAUCAGAUUGGAGAUCUACAGAGGAGUUAUACUGCUGCUCAGAAGUCUGCGGCAGCAUUUCCAGCUCACAUGGACACGAAACGCUUAAUUGAGCAGUUAAAGCAGCAUUUUGCUGUGCUCUGAUUUUUCCUCAGUUAAAUGUAAUUCCUAUAUAUGUACUUAGGGAAAAAGUAGUAUAUUUGUAAUACAAACCUGUGCUUGAUAUUAGUGAAGGUGACGUAAAGGGAUUUAAACACCAGAAUGUUUAAAACUGUAUAAUAAUAACUUAAUAAGAUAACAUCAUUUUUAAAAGACAAGAUUUUAAUCAUUUGUAAGCAGAUCGUGACCUCCUCCACAGUAUAUAGUACAUGUUUGUUUACAAUGUUUACAAAACAUUUUCAUGAAUUUCUUCAAAUUGUUAAAAAUGCACAUUGUUAAUGUCCUUUAGUCGGCCAUUAGCUAGCAUGUAGCUUAAGAGGUAUGAAAUCUGCCUUUACAGUCGCACUUUUAUGGCAAAAAAUUAUAUACUUACCCUUGGUACAGACUUUAGAAGUUAAAGGUUGUAUUUAAAGCUAUUUUUUAUGAAACGCUUUGUGAGACAUUCGACAUUUUCUUAUAUAUUAUGCUUUAAAUAAAUGUGUAUAAAACACCA